UGAAAGACCUCACAAACAAAAAGCUCAUUAAAGAAACCAACUUUUUAUUUAAUUUUUAUUUUGUUUUUAUUUUAUUAUAACAAAAAAGUUGUCGUCUUCUUCUUCAAUACUCUACCAAUCCCCCUCAACCUUGCACAAAGGCUCCAAACUCCCAAGAUAAAUUAAAGCAAACUACCCUUCAAAUUCUAAAGCAUUUGGAGGAGGAAGCUUUUUUUUCCCAGAAGGAGCAGGUGCACGACGCCGUUUUGUGAUUUUCCGGCGCCAUUGAGAGGAUGAGCGCUUCUAGGUUCAUAAAGUGUGUCACCGUCGGCGAUGGCGCCGUCGGGAAAACGUGUAUGCUCAUCUCUUACACCAGCAACACAUUCCCCACUGAUUAUGUGCCAACAGUGUUUGACAAUUUUAGUGCUAAUGUGGUAGUGGAUGGAAGUACAGUUAAUCUAGGACUGUGGGAUACUGCAGGUCAAGAAGAUUACAAUAGACUGAGGCCAUUGAGCUACCGUGGGGCUGAUGUAUUUCUUCUUGCAUUUUCUCUUAUCAGCAAAGCCAGUUAUGAAAAUGUUUCGAAAAAAUGGAUUCCAGAAUUGAGGCAUUAUGCUCCCGGUGUGCCAAUUAUUCUCGUUGGAACAAAGCUGGAUCUUCGAGAUGAUAAGCAAUUUUUUCUAGACCAUCCUGGUGCAGUGCCUAUCACAACAGCCCAGGGAGAAGAGCUGAAAAAGCAGAUUGGAGCAGCUGCUUAUAUUGAGUGUAGUGCAAAAACACAGCAGAACAUAAAGGCUGUGUUCGAUGCUGCGAUCAAAGUGGUACUCCAGCCACCUAAGCAGAAGAAGAGAAAGAAGAGAAAGUCUCAGAAAGGUUGUUCAAUACUAUAACAAGGUGAAGGGAGAUAUUGGCUUCAGAAGUCCAUUCAGCAGUUCUGUUGCAUUUUCCUGCAAAUUAGAUAGUGGGAUGUUCUAUAGAUGCUAAUAGUUUGUGACUGACAGAACACUGAGGGGCUCUCGCUCUUAGUAGCUUCAGGUGGUGGAUUGGUUUAUUUCAACAUUGUUGUGAUAUGUAUAUCAUUAUUCCCGCUAUGUUUCUAAACCAAGGAGAGAAAAGUUGUGUGUAAAAUUUGUUUGUUUCAUGAGCAUGUAGUAUUACAAGUUAUUUGUAAACGAAGCUCUAAGAGGCUUAUACAUAAACUACUGCAUUCGGUUGUAUUAUAUGUUAAUUUGUAACUUGAAGUAAA